AUGUCCACAUACACUGUUACCGUUACCGGCAUCGCCCCGACGACCACCCAGCAGCAGUUGAAUGACUUCUUCUCCUUCUGUGGAAAGAUCCAAUCGAUCGACCUGAACGAGAAGGCGGAACCUCGCACUGCUGUCGUUCACUUUGAGAAGCCCUCAGCAGCCAAGACUGCGUUGAUCCUCAACGGUGGUUCUCUUGACGGCGCACACUUAAGCGUGACAUCAGACACUGUCCACGAAGACGAGGAGCACGACGCUGCCAGCGAGCACAUCGACCAGAGUGACAAGCCUCGCGCAGGUAUCGUCGCGGAGUACCUUGCUCGUGGGUACACGCUCUCGGACCAGAUUCUCCAGCGCGCGAUCGAGGUUGACAGCCAAAAGGGCAUCUCGAAGCGCUUCUUGACCUACUUCCAGUCCCUUGACACAACCCUCGGCGAGAAGGCGCUCGGUCCUGAGAAGACGAUCUCGGGCAAGGUCUCCGAGACCAUCGGCAACGCGCACAAGUCUGCGAAGUCGAUUGACGAGCAGAAGGGCAUCACCAAGACCGCCUGGGAUUACUACGCGAAGGCACUCAGUACCCCCGUCGGCCAGAAGGUCCGCACCUUCUACACGACAACCUCCAAGCAGGUCCUCGACAUCCACGAGGAGGCCCGUCGCAUUGCUGCUGAGCACAAAUCUGCUGCUGCACCGGCAGCUACACCUGCACCUGCUGCGUCUGGCCCCGUCGACGAGGCGUUUGGCUCCGAGCAGAAGGCACCGACUGUUGUUUGA